CGAAAUUCCGUUUAGAAGGGAACACAGCAGUUACUGCUUCUGAUAGGAAGUUAUGAAAAAAGUUUUAAGGAUGAUGCCUACCAUGGGAGCUCACUGCCAAAGACUCAGCACUGCAGAAAUGAAAUCUUGGAGAAAAAUGCUUAUUUUCUUCUGGUGCUUUCUGUUCGUGAUAAGAGCAGAAGCUGGUGACAUUACUGGAUGCCCUAGAAGGCAUACUGAUGUGAGGUACCAGGCCAUCAGCAACCAGAAAUUUGUUGUAUCAUGUGACCUUCCAUCUGAAGACACCACAUCAAUUUACAACCAUUCUUCUCUUUAUGAAAAUCAGAUGAAGUGGUUCUGGCAAUCUAGUGAUGGAGGAGCCACUAUGAUUCUUAAUAAUAAAACCACCAAUCCUACUCCUUGGGGGAACUCACUUUGGUUUAACCCAAUAAAAACUGAACAUUCUGGAACAUACAUGUGUAUGAAAAGGGAUAAUAUAUCACCAUGUGUCAAUAUUUUAAUAGCUGUUCAAACAAAAAUUAUGGCUAAUUGUUCAGAUAACAGACGAAAUGACAUUUACCUAUUUGUGGAACAAGGAACAUCUAUAGAUUGCCCUGGGAAAAAAUGUUACUCUAAUUCUGCACAAUCAUCAGUGAAAUGGUACAAGAAUGGAAUACAAGUAAAACGUCAAAAGAAAAGACCGGGCCUACAAUUCCACCAUGACAAACUAGUGUUGCAUUCUGUGUAUGAUAAAGAUAAUGGUACUUAUACAUGUGAUUACAUGUUGACUGACCACAAUAUGCAAUGGAAAAUGAGAACAAUAGUAAAUGUGCACGUUAUCUCAGAAGAUACUAUCCAUCCUCCAAAGGUUUUGAAUCCCAAUGACAGGACAACCCUUGAAGUAGAAAUUGGUCAACCAGUUGAUCUUGAAUGCAAAGCACAAUUUGGUUUUGAAAUGAAUGUUUCCUCUUCGCUACAGUGGUACCGAGAAACCAAUAAAAGCAAGCAACUGAUACAGCAAAAAAGGGUUCAUCCACAGGGACUGGAAGGACAAACCUUUACUCUUACCUUCACACUGAUAAAAGUAACGGAAGACGAUUUGAACAGCCACUUCAUCUGCUUGGCUCAAAACUCUAUUGGGAAUGCUACUGGAGUGAUCAAACUUAAGAGGCAAACAGAAAAAGCAAUGCAUUUCUUGCUUACUUUGUGUUGUACCAUUAUAACACUACUUGGAGUGGUUUCAGGAGGCCUGCUGGUUUAUAGGCACUGGAUUGAACUGGUAUUGUUCUAUCGGAAUUACCUAGCCAAAGAUGAAACUCUGAGUGAUUGGAAGGAAUUUGAUGCCUUUGUUUCCUAUGCAAAACCAGAGCUCGCUGAAGCCAACCAAGAAUCGUGUAACGAGGAGCAGUUAGCUCUGGAGUUUCUUCCACUCAUUUUAGAACAUGAGUAUGGAUAUAAGCUAUGUCUCACGGAAAGAGACAUCCUUCCAGGGGGAGCAUACACCGAUGACAUUGUAAAUGCUAUGAAAAAGAGCAGGCGGGCAAUCCUCAUCUUGAGUCCGAACUAUGUUAAGAAUAGCCAGGCUCUCUUUGAACUUGAAGCAGCAAUCAACACUGCCCUGGAAGAUAAAACAAUGAAACCCAUCCUAAUACAGGUUGAGACUUUUCAGGAGCCGCAUUCAUUACCUCCUAAGGUGAAGAAAGCCCUCAGGAUUUUGCCCAGGAUCACCUGGAGAACAUCUACUUCUCCUACAGCUAAUAAACAGUUCUGGAAGAAAUUACGGUAUCACUUGCCAGUGAAACAUAGCAAGAGUGCUGGGAACAAGUGGCCUUCCUUUCCCACCAUCUCUUGUGGGUGUUGGUAACAGAAAAUGAGGGAGAAAGAAUAAAAAUGGAUGAUGAAGAAGAGAACGAUAUGGUAGGGCCAUAGCUCAGUCAUACAGAACCCACUCCAGCUAUAAAUGAUUCUUAGAUGGUGGAAUUGGGGAUCUGAGAAAGAUUCAUUUGCAUUUUAUUUCAGACUUUUCUACUAUGACAGUUUUAAACUGAAAUUCUGAAAUUUGUACUUCUAUGAAGGUUACGAUCCAUUUCACCAAUUUAAAAAAAAAAGCCCAUUUAGGAAUAAUCUCAUCCAAAGUGCAUACUGGAGGAAAUAACGUAUAAUGUGUUUUAUUAGAAAAAUAUGCACAUUAGAGACAAUUGUGAAGUAAACUGAGUUUGUUAAGAUACUAAUAUGGAAAUAGGAUGAACCACAGUUAUGCAUAGAAAAAUGAGAAGUAUGGAGAAACCAAAUUCACCCAUCUCUAGUGAGCUCUGUAAGUGCUGGGAAUGAUCAUUCUGGGAAUCAGUGAUCAUUCCCAGUUUGCAUUUUAACAACUUGGUAUUUUCUUUCUCACAAACAGUAAUAUAGUAUUAUUAUUUAAUGCCA